GUGGCCAUCCCCAUUGUGUCAAAUAAAAGUCCCUCUUUGUAUAUAGUGUUUGUUGAGGGAGGUAGAUUGUAAGAGGCUUCCAAGUAAUAAGUAUCAAGUGUGAAAUAUUUGAUAUCCACAAGUGUGCUGUACUUUGGUUGAAGUUCAGGAUGGGUGAGAGCACUGCCACCACCAACCACCACCACCACCACCACCACGGCAGCCAAGUGUUUGAUGUUUCAGUCAAUGUGCCACCCCAUUUUUGCUCCAAAGUUGUCGAUGAUGAUGGCCGCCCCCAGAGAACCGGGACUGUUUGGACUGCCAGUGCGCACAUAAUAACGGCGGUGAUUGGCUCAGGAGUUCUCUCCUUGGCUUGGGCUAUAGCUCAGCUGGGAUGGAUUGCUGGCCCUACUGUCAUGUUCAUGUUCUCCUUUGUGAUUUAUUAUACCUCAACCCUCUUAGCUGACUGUUACCGCUCCGGUGAUUCGUUGUUUGGCAAAAGAAACUAUACGUACAUGGAUGCCGUCCGGUCCAAUCUUGGUGGAUCUAAAGUAAAAAUUUGUGGGAUAAUUCAAUAUCUGAAUCUUUUCGGAGUGGCCAUCGGUUACACCAUUGCAGCAUCUAUAAGCAUGAUGGCUAUCAAAAGAUCGAACUGUUUCCACGCGAGUGGAGAGAAAGAUCCGUGUCAUAUGUCGAGCAAUCCAUACAUGAUAGCCUUUGGAAUUACACAGAUCCUGUUUUCUCAGAUUCCUGACUUUGAUCAGAUAUGGUGGCUGUCUAUUGUUGCUGCUGUCAUGUCCUUCACUUACUCGUCUAUCGGCUUAGGCCUUGGCAUCGCUAAAGUAGCAGCUACUGGGACCUUCAAGGGCAGUCUCACAGGAAUCAGCAUUGGAACAGUGACUGAAACUCAAAAAAUAUGGAGGAGUUUCCAAGCUCUUGGGGACAUAGCUUUUGCGUACUCGUUCUCCAUCAUCCUUAUCGAGAUUCAGGACACCAUCAAAUCCCCACCGUCAGAGGCGAAAACAAUGAAGAAAGCCACCAUGAUAAGCACAAUAGUGACUACCGCUUUCUACAUGCUCUGUGGCUGUAUGGGGUAUGCAGCAUUCGGGGAUCUUGCACCGGGCAACCUCCUAACCGGAUUCGGCUUCUACAACCCGUUCUGGCUUCUUGACAUUGCUAACGCAGCCAUCGUUAUCCAUUUAGUCGGGGCAUACCAAGUCUACUGCCAGCCACUCUUCGCAUUCGUUGAGAAACACGCAGCUGCAAGGUGGCCAGACAGUGGAUUCAUCACCAAAGAGAUCAGCAUCCGCAUUCCCUGCCUGCAGCAGCCGUAUAACCUCAACAUGUUCCGUCUAGUGUGGAGGAGUGUGUUUGUGGUGCUGACGACCGUCAUAUCGAUGCUGCUACCGUUCUUCAACGACAUUGUGGGAAUUCUUGGAGCAUUCGGGUUCUGGCCUUUGACGGUGUACUUCCCUGUAGAGAUGUACAUUGCACAGAAGAGGAUAGCUAGGUGGAGCACAAGAUGGAUUUGCCUGCAGAUGCUGAGCUUUGCAUGUUUGGCGAUUUCGAUUGCUGCAGCUGCUGGCUCUGUUGCGGGCGUGGUGCUCGAUCUCAAGGUUUACAGGCCAUUCAAGACUAGCUACUGAGCGACUAUAAGUUGUACAUGAGAUUGGUGGUUGGUGUUGAUGAGUAAUGUUUGUGUUUGUUAACUGUUUGUUGUUUCUGUGCAAUGUUUAGUAGCCUUGUUAAUGUAAAGAAGGCACGACUUUUUCUUGUUCUUGUUCUUUUUGGCUUUGCAAGGAAGGCUAAAUGUGUAUGUUAAUUUUUAUGGGUUGCUAUAGCAAAAAUUGUUCUUGAAA